AUGGCACCCGGGACAGAGCCCCUCGACGUCCCCACCUUUGCGUCAACCCAGCUCGCCCUCCUGGAUCAGGAGCUUCAGACCGAGAUCAGCGAGACGAGCACCCUCAUCUCCAACCACAGCCCCACGGGCCUCCAACGCGCCGGUCUGGCCUUGACUAACCUCGUCGUCUCGGCCCAGCGUACCGGUUUCGGUGGCAGGACUGUUUUCGAGCUCUCGCCUGAUGCUGCCACCGCCCGCGCUGGUGCCGAGGGCGAGCUUCCCGAACAUGGUCUGCGCACCGGAGACAUUGUCCUUGUUGCUGAGCAGCCCGCAGGGAGUGCCAAAAAGCGUGAGAUCAAGGAGCUCGAGAAGAAGGGUGCGAGAGGCGUCGUGACAAAAGUGAGUCGUGGAUGGAUAGGUGUUGCGCUGGACGAGGGAAAGGAUGAAGUUGCCUUCUCAGGAAGAGUCUGGGCCGUCAAGCUGGCAGACGAGGUGACGUAUAAGCGGAUGAAUCAAACCAUGGAGAAGCUGCAAAAGAUGACCGAGUCGGAAUACUCGAGCUUCAUCAGGGUUCUCUUUGGCUUGUCAAGCCCAUCACCAGUCGCCCAGGAUCUGACCCAAGAUGAAAACGUUGGCCAAAUCGACUGGUUUGAUCCCACCCUCAACGAUUCACAAAAGGAUGCGAUUCGAUUUGCCCUGGCUUCCCGCGAGGUAGCCUUGAUCCAUGGCCCUCCUGGGACCGGCAAAACUCAUACUCUAAUUGAGUUGAUCCUCCAAAUGAUCAAACUCGGCCAGAGAAUCCUUGUCUGCGGCCCUUCCAACAUAUCUGUCGAUAACAUUGUUGAGCGACUCUCGCCUCACAAAGUCCCAAUCCUUCGACUUGGUCACCCUGCCCGUCUUUUGCCCUCUGUUCUAAACCACUCUCUGGACGUGCUCACUCAGACAUCCGAGGCUGGAGCCAUAGUGAAGGAUGUUCGGUCCGAGAUGGAUGCGAAGCAAGCCUCCAUCAAAAAGACCAAGAGUGGUAGGGAGCGCAAGGCUAUCUACGCCGACCUGAAGGAGCUACGUAAAGAGUAUCGUGAGAGAGAACGCCGUUGUGUUAGUAGCCUCAUCGACGGAAGUAAGGUUGUUCUCGCAACGCUACAUGGCGCAGGUGGUUUCCAGCUACGCAACCAAGAGUUUGACGUCGUCAUUAUAGACGAGGCUAGUCAGGCCCUCGAGGCCCAGUGCUGGGUUCCCUUGCUUUCGGCAAAGAAGGUUGUCUGUGCUGGUGACCAUCUACAGCUCCCUCCCACCAUCAAGUCGUCCAACACAAAGGUCAAGCCGGCAAUCAAAGAUGGUGUCAAAAUCCCCAAGGGUGCCACCCUCGAAACCACUCUGUUCGACAGGUUGCUGGCCUUGCAUGGGCCUUCCAUCAAGCGCAUGUUAACUACGCAGUACCGAAUGCAUGAGGGCAUCAUGCGCUUCCCCUCCGACGAACUAUACGAGUCCAAGCUGAUCGCGGCGGAUGCCGUGAAACACCGCCUCCUCAAAGACUUGGAUUACGACGUCGAGGAUAAUGAAAACACCAAUGAGCCCCUCAUAUUCAUCGACACACAAGGCGGAGACUUUCCAGAGAAGAACGAGGAGGAUGACAAGGAUAACCCCAAAAAGGGUAGAGCAAGCUUACACGGCGAGAGCAAGAGCAACGAGAUGGAGGCAGCCCUCGUGCGACAGCACGUGGAGCAGCUCGUCGAGGCCGGAGUCCGUCCGGAAGAUAUUGCCGUCGUGACCCCCUACAAUGCCCAGCUCGCCGUACUAGCUUCGCUCAAGGACAAGUUCCCCGGCAUAGAGCUAGGCAGUGUGGACGGGUUUCAGGGCCGCGAGAAAGAGGCAGUCAUUGUGAGCCUCGUCCGGAGUAACUCUGAAGGCGAGGUCGGCUUCCUUGGUGAGAAGCGCCGUCUCAAUGUCGCAAUGACACGUCCCAAGCGCUCGUUGACAGUUAUCGGAGACUCGGAAACCGUUCAGAGAGGAAGCAACUUCUUGAAGAAAUGGAUGCAGUUUCUCGAAGACAACGCCGAUCUGCGGUACCCAGACGCGUCCACCGUGACACAUCAAGCUUGA